AUGGAGACAUUCAAGGCUCUCUUCAUGAAGCCAGACCCCCAAGCCCAGAUGCGCAAGUGCAACGCCGCCAUCCGCCAAAACAUGCGCAAGCUCGACCGCGACAUCGCCGCCAACAAGCAAAACGAGAUCAAGAUCAAGAACCUCAUCGUCCAGGCCGACAGGCGCGCCCAGCGGGACCCGUCGCGCGCCGCCCAAGCCCGCCGCGAAGCGCGCGACUUUGCGCGCGAGCUCGUCCGCCACCGCCGCGCGUCGGCCCGCCUCGUCACCUCCAAGGCCCAGCUCGGCUCGGUGCAGAUGCAGGUCAACGAGGCCUUUGCCGUCCGCCGCAUCGAGGGCUCGAUACGCGCGAGCGCCGGCAUCAUGCGCGACGUCAACUCCCUGGUGCGGCUGCCCGAGUAUGCCGCCGCCAUGCGCGACCUGAGCGUCGAGCUGGUCAAGGCGGGCGUCAUCGAGGACAUGGUCGAGGAUGUGCUCCCCCAGGACGACGACGGCCUGAUGGAGGAUGACGAGGCCGAGGUCGACAAGGUGCUCGGCGAGAUUCUCAAGGACAGGAAGGAGCCCAGUCUGCCGGCGGCGCCGGUGCCGGAGCCGCAGAAACCGGCGGCGCGCGAGGACGAGUACGAGGACGAGGAAGACGCCGAGGCCAUGAUGGAGACGAUGAGGAACCGGCUGGAUGCGCUGAGAAGCUAG